AGUUACUAAACUAACUCCACUAAAAGUCCGAGGCUUAGUGUUCUACAGAGUCCGCCUGGCCGCUAACUUUGACGGAUCUGCCGCUUAUAAUCAGAAACAUAUUAAGCAACAGGACGGCAAUGGCUGACGGGGAGUUUCCGGUGGCUUUGAAUGGAACUCAGAUUUCCUACAUCGCCCAAGAUUGUAAGGACAUCCCAGACUUUCUCGGGGACACUUACGGCCAUUUUGCAAGGAGGUUGGACUUGAGCUUCAACCAACUCAGGUCCUUGGCGGGACUCGGGAUGUUCGCCCGGCUGGAAGAGCUGGUCGUCGACAACAACCUGCUUGGGAACGACCUCCGGUUGCCAGGGUUACCUAACCUGCACACCUUGACGCUCAAUAAGAACAAACUGACUGAUAUCGAAGCCCUGCUGGAACACUUGGCCGACGUGACCCCGUCGCUGCGGUACCUCAGCCUGCUGGGGAACGAGGCCUGCCCCAACCAGCUGGUCAGCCCGGAUAAGGACGAGGACGACUACCAGAGAUACAGGUAUUUUGUUCUGCACAAGUUGCCCGGCCUUAAGUUCUUGGACACCAGGAAAGUCACCAGAAAAGAAAGCACGGAGGCCCAAGCCAGAGGAGCCUUCAUGAAGGUGGUCAAGCCCAAGUCGGACACGCCGCCGAAAGAAGCCGGAUUUGAGACCCGCCCUCUGCCCUACACUCCUCUACCCCGAGGAUCCCGAGACGCUAAGAACCAUAAAGGCGUCUUCGCCAAGUGCCGCUACGUCUACUACGGCAAGCAUUCCGAAGGCAACAGAUUCAUCCAGAACGACCAGCUGUGACGUGGCGGCGACAGGAUGGACGUUCAUCGACAACGGGCACAUACAGACGGAGACGUGACGUCGUUAUUUAUUUCAAUUAGCCGGCGAUUUUGCGGUUCAAUCAAUAUGUUUGCUGUUGACUUUGUAUCUUCCGCAAGACGUCCCCUGAGCAUCGCACACACACACACACACACACACACACACACACACACACACACACACACACAGUGACAAACAACCUAUUGCGUGACUCUGACAGCCGUGAUGGAUCACCCAUCCACUGCUGCCACUAAUCAAAGGUGAAAGGGUGACGGUCACACACCUGAGACCUGACAUGGACGCACCUUUACACACACACACACACAAACUAAUACACAACAAACGACUUAAAUUGGACCUUCCUGCAAUGUUUUAUUAGCUUAUCACUCCGCUUUUCUUAUUUUAGAGCAGGCCUGGGCUAUCAUUUUGACUUAAGGGGCCAAAUUUAGAGAAAAAAAAUGUUUUCUGAGGGCCGGUAGAUCUAUUUUUAGGACCACCAAUACAAAACCUCACAAUUAUGUCUUAUUGAAUGCUAAAAACCUUAUGACAGACCGGCUUAAAAGGAAUGGAAUAACAUUUUUUUUUACUGAAUGACACACCCAGAAAGUACAUGAAAAUAAAGAAUGUGAGAUUUGCAAUAUUAACUACGAACGAUAAAACACUGAAUAUUGACAACAUAUGAAUGUCGCACCCCCUUCUCCAUCGACAUAUUUUAACAAUAAGGUAAAACACGACGAAAAUGCAACAAACACGGCGAAAUAUGAACAUGAAAAAACAAAAUACACCCACCUGCAAUCUGAUAUAUAACUAAGCUUUUAUUUUGACUUGGGGGGGUCCACAUUUGGGGCUGGUAUAUCUAUUUUUUAGGACCACCAAUACAAAACCUCACAAUUAUGUCUUAUUUAAUGCUUAAAACCGUAUGCCAGACCGCCUUAAAAGGAAUGAAAUUAAAAUAUCUUUUACUGAAUGACACACCCAGAAUGUACAUGAAAAUAAAGAAUGUGAGAUUUGCAAUAUUAACUACGAACGAUAAAACACUGAAUAUUGACACCAUAUGAAUGUCACACCCCAUUUCCAUUGACAUAUUUUAACAAUAAGGUAAAACACAACGAAAAUGCAACAAACACAGUGAAAUAUGAACACGAAAAAACAAAAUACACCCACCUGCAAUCUGAUAUAUCACUAAGCUUUUAUUUUGACUCGGGGGGCGGGCACAUUUAGAGAAAACAUGUGUCCUGGGGCUGGUAUAUCAAUUUUUUAGGACCACCAAUACAAAACCUCACAAUUAUGUCUUAUUUAAUGCUUAAAACCGUACGCCAGACCGCCUUAAAAGGAAUGAAAUUAAAAUAUUUUUUACUGAAUGACACACCCAGAAAGUACAUGAAAAUAAAGAAUGUUAACUACGAACGAUAAAACACUGAAUAUUGACAACAUAUGAACGUCACACCCCCUUCUCCAUCGACAUAUUUUACAAUCAAGCGAAACGCAACAAAAAUGGAACAAACACCGCAAAAUAUGAACGUGACGGGCAAAAAUACCCCACACCAACUAUCUUAUAAAACACAAAACUUUAGAACUUGGUUGUAAAAAAUCUCCUUAGCAGUCUCCCUGAAUCCACACUUCAGGCUGACAUUCCACACUCACACUGUUUGGUGCCUCAUCUGAGCUUCUGUGACCUACAUUACCAAAGUAACUAAUUCGAUUAUGUUGCGUUUGGACCAGAUGUUCCUCCGAGGGAAUUUAAAAUGCUGGUCAAUCCCAAGUUCUUUUGAUGACACACAAGCUGGUUUUAAAUGAUAACCCAGAACAGAAGAAGUAUUUUGCAAUUUAUACCAAAGCUUUGGAGAGACCAGCCUAAAAAACAACACAUUCACUUCGCAUCGCCUAGUUGAUCUGAAAACACUAUGGAAGUCUUGCCUUUUUCAAUAUGCCAAAAGCCCCCACCCUUCAGAGCGAAUACACAUAUCUAUUGUUUUCCUGAGCUGGAGACAGAAAGAGAUAUUGCUACUCCUGCAUUCCAAGCUCAAGGUAGUCUACAGUGUACCAUGGGUCAUGAGAUAAAGAAAAGAUAAAAUAUGACUAAAUCAAAGAAAUAACUUUUAAAUAUUGAAAUAUGUAGUUAUCUAUCUCCGUCAAUUACCAUAGUAACUAAUUAGAUUACCAUAGUAACUGGUAUAUCAUGCAAAAGCGCAGAUUUCAACCAUUGAAAUACUUAGUAUAGUUCAAGACUUACGGUCAUUUAAAAACAUGACUGCAUAUCAUAAUGACAAAUUGAAAAGCUUAAGGGGCCUCGUGUGGCCCCCGGGCCUUAAUUCACCCACAUUUUUUACCUGAUGACAUCAUAUCAUUUUGGUUUAUCCGAUACUGUCACAACAUGGCUUGGACGUGGAUUGUUUCUUCGAUGCAGAUGAGAAUCAGCACGAGUGCGGCGUGGACGUGAGUACACGGUUGUUUAUUUAAACACUAUAAUCAAAAAUAAUCAAACUAAGGGCGCUCACAAGGAGGUACAGAAUAAACAAAGGACUAGCAUAAAUGCUGCAAACUACAAACAAUAAUAAUAAACUAUAAACAAAACUAGCACAAUGGCAUGAAUACAAAAAACUUACACGGCAUGGAACUAUGGACUAUGGAGGUGCAGCAUGGGUAGCGUGUGUGCGAGUGUGAAGAUCCCAGAAUGAUGAACAGAAAGAAAACUACUUAAAUACUGGCUGCGAUAAUCAGGAACAGGUGUGGGACUGAGGGCAGGGCCGUGACAAGGUGGGAAUUAAUGCGUUGGCAUGGAAACAAACGAAACCAGGAAGUGAAAAACGUGACUGAACGUCCAAAAACUAAACAUAGCAUGACCAAAACCAAAACAUAACUUACAGCCGUGACAGAUACAAUCUUUUUCCAAAUUUUACAUUCCAUGUUUCAUCCUUUUUAAGCACACCAUCAAUUUUAGGGACCGAAUGUCCCUUUGGGACAGAGGACCCUAUUGUAUUUCUAAGGUUUUAUUAUUAUUUUUCUUUUUCUGUAUUAUUCUGCCGCCUCUUUGAGCUGUAAUUUGACCCCCUUAACAUGCUUCAAAAUUCACCAUAUUUGACACACACAUCAAGACUGACGAAAAUUGCCAUAUAAGAAAAUUUCAAACCCCAAAACUCAAAAUUGCGCUACAGCGCCCCCUGGGAAAAAACACAGACACAACUGCUUGUAACUUCCGUUAAGAAUGUCCUAGAGACAUGAAAAAAAAACCUCUAUGUAGGUCUGACUUAGACCUAGAUUUCAUACAUAGACGUCCUUCAGUAAAAAUCAACAGGAAGUUGGCAAAAACCCCUUCAAAACAAAACUUUCCUAAAACAUGUAAUUUUUCCCUCUUUGAGCUGUAAUUUGACCCCUUUAACAUGCUUCAAAAUUCACCAUAUAUGACACACACAACAAAACUGGCGAAAAUUGCCUUCUAAUACAAAACCAAACCCCAAAACUUAAAAUUGCGCUCUAGCGCCCCCUGGGAAAAAAAACACAGACACAACUGCUUGUAACUUCCGUUAGGAAUGGCCUAGAGACAUGAAACAAAAACCUCUAUGUAGGUCUGACUUAGACUUAGAUUUCCUAUGUUGACGUCCUUCAGCAAAAAUCAACAGGAAGUUGGCAAAAACCCCUUCAAAACAAAACUUUUCUAAAACAUGUCCUUUUUGCCUCUUUGAGGUAUAAUUUGACCCCCUUAACAUGCUUCAAAACUCACCAUAUUUGACACCCACAUCAAGACUGACGAAAAUUGCCAUCUCAUAAAAAUUCAAACCCCAAAACUCAAAAUUGCGCUCUAGCGCCCCCUGGGAAAAAAUAGAAACACAACUGCUUGUAACUUCCGUUAGGAAUGUCCUAGAGACAUGAAACAAAAACCUUUAUGUAGGUCUGACUUAGACCUAGAUUUCAUACAUUGACGUCCUUCAGCAAAAAUCAACAGGAAGUUGGCAAAAACCCCUUCAAAACAAAACUUUCCUAAAACAUGUCCUUUUUGCCUCUUUGAGGUAUAAUUUGACCCCCUUAACAUGCUUCAAAACUCACCAUAUUUGACACACACAUCAAAACUGGCGAAAAUUGCCUUCUAAUAAAAAAUCAAACCCCAAAACUUAAAAUUGCGCUCUAGCGCCCCCUGGGAAAAAACACAGACACAACUGCUUGUAACUUCCGUUAGGAAUGUCCUAGAGACAUGAAACAAAAACCUCUGUGUAGGUCUGACUUAGACCUACAUUUCAUACAUUGACGUCCUUCAGCAAAAAUCAACAGGAAGUUGGCAAACUGGCGAAAAUUGCCUUCUAAUACAAAACCAAACCCCAAAACUUAAAAUUGCGCUCUAGCGCCCCCUGGGAAAAAAACACAGACACAACUGCUUGUAACUUCCGUUAGGAAUGUCCUAGAGACAUGAAACGAAAACCUCUAUGUAGGUCUGACUUAGACCUAGAUUUCCUACAUUGACGUCCUUCAGCAAAAAUCAACAGGAAGUUGGCAAAAACCCCUUCAAAACAAAACUUUCCUAAAACAUGUCCUUUUUGCCUCUUUGAGGUAUAAUUUGACCCCCUUAAAAUGCUUCAAAACUCACCUUUUUUAUUGUAUUUUCUUGUGUGUGUCGUGUUGAAAAUGCAUUUUUUCCCCCAAGUGUUUACAUUUCACGGCGCCCUUGAGACAAACAAUACUGUAAAAAAUCAGCCAUUAUUAAUCGCAAAUUGACAGAAUAUUCAAUCUGUUUUCCAAAUGUUCCUUUUAAAACAAUAUAUAUUUUUUGGAAUAUAGUGUCUGUUUUCUCAGUCCCUGUAUUAUGAUUUCCCUAUCAAAUUAAAAAAUGUAUAUUUUUUUAAAAAUUAAAAAAUAAAUGAUAUAAAAUAUGAA